GUGGAGCGGGUCUGAGGUGGGAGGCGCACAGACGGGCUCCGGGAGCCCCUCCCGAGGCCCCGCGCCGCGCGCCCCGCACCCUGCUCCCCGCGCCCUGCGGGAGGGCUGAGCCAGGACUCCGGGCGGGCAGGUGCGGAGAGAGCAGAGGGGAUCACGGCCAAGGGUAGGAGCCAGUCCUUCGGGGAGAGAGGCGCUGCUGCUCCAGCUGCUGCCUACGCCGCCGCCACCACCUAGCCGGCGACCAGAGUCGGGCUGGCAGGCCGGGCGCGAAGCGGCAAGGGGAGCGAGGGGCGCGCUCAUGGAGCACACUCACGCCCACCUCGCAGCCAACAGCUCGCUGUCUUGGUGGUCCCCCGGCUCGGCCUGCGGCUUGGGUUUCGUGCCCGUGGUCUACUACAGCCUCUUGCUGUGCCUCGGUUUACCAGCAAAUAUCUUGACAGUGAUCAUCCUCUCCCAGCUGGUGGCAAGAAGGCAGAAGUCCUCCUACAACUAUCUCUUGGCACUUGCUGCUGCCGACAUCUUGGUCCUCUUUUUCAUAGUGUUUGUGGACUUCCUGUUGGAAGAUUUCAUCUUGAACAUGCAGAUGCCUCAGGUCCCCGACAAGAUCAUAGAAGUGCUGGAAUUCUCAUCCAUCCACACCUCCAUAUGGAUUACUGUUCCAUUAACCAUUGACAGAUAUAUCGCUGUCUGCCACCCGCUCAAGUACCACACAGUCUCAUACCCAGCCCGCACCCGGAAAGUCAUUGUAAGUGUUUACAUCACCUGCUUCCUUACCAGCAUCCCCUAUUACUGGUGGCCCAACAUCUGGACUGAAGACUACAUCAGCACCUCUGUGCAUCACGUCCUCAUCUGGAUCCACUGCUUCACCGUCUACCUGGUGCCCUGCUCCAUCUUUUUCAUCUUGAACUCAAUCAUUGUGUACAAGCUCAGGAGGAAGAGCAAUUUUCGUCUCCGUGGCUACUCCACGGGGAAGACCACCGCCAUCUUGUUCACCAUCACCUCCAUCUUUGCCACACUUUGGGCCCCCCGCAUCAUCAUGAUUCUUUACCACCUCUAUGGGGCGCCCAUCCAGAACCGCUGGCUGGUGCACAUCAUGUCCGACAUUGCCAACAUGCUAGCCCUUCUGAACACAGCCAUCAACUUCUUCCUCUACUGCUUCAUCAGCAAGCGGUUCCGCACCAUGGCAGCCGCCACGCUCAAGGCUUUCUUCAAGUGCCAGAAGCAACCUGUACAGUUCUACACCAAUCAUAACUUUUCCAUAACAAGUAGCCCCUGGAUCUCGCCGGCAAACUCACACUGCAUCAAGAUGCUGGUGUACCAGUAUGACAAAAAUGGAAAACCUAUAAAAGUAUCCCCGUGAUUCCAUAGGUGUGGCAACUAUUGCCUCUGUCUAAUCCAUUUCCAGAUGGGAAGGUGUCCCAUCCUGUGGCUGAGCGGCUCUCCUUAAGAGUGCUAAUCCGAUUUCCUGUCUCCCGCAGACUGGGCAAUUCUCAGACUGGUAGAUGAGAAGAGAUGGAAGAGAAGAAAGGAGAGCAUGAAGCUUGUUUUUACUUAAUGCAUUUAUUUCCACAGAGUCGCAAUGACAGCAAAAGUUCCUACCAGUUUGAAGAU